GUGUCAAGUUUGUUCUGCAAAGCUACUCAUCAUUACGGAGUACAUGUGCGCCUUUUGACAUCUCGGACCGAAGGCUACCUGGCUCAUCAACCUUCGCGUUCCCUCAAGUUUGCAUCGAUCCAUCAACAACCGACGUACUAUCCACGACUACCGCCAUGGCCGACAAACCUUCGACCACUCCUUCCUCCCCACCAACGACGGUUUCCCGUCCGUUGAGUGAAGCAUUGCUAAAUGAUAAGUGGGACCGCUGCCUUUCCUCGCUGCUCAUCCGGUCGAGCAUCGGUGCUGGCUUCGGCAUUGUCUUCUCAUUCCUCCUGUUUCGACGCCGGUCAUGGCCCGUUUGGACGGGGCUGGGGUUCGGUGCCGGGCGAGCGUACGAAGAAUGUGACAAUUCGUUUAAACGUGCCGCGACUCCGACGAAAGAUGGUCUGAGGGUCAUCAGACCUUGAGAUGCAAACCGAAACGCCUGAUACUUUCUCUCCAGUUGUACAGAUCAUGCGGUUAUUCGUCCUGCAGCGCCGUGUACAAUAUCAUAAAAUAGACCUUCUGCAGUCUAUCCGCAUAAAUAUACCAACACUUGUUCCAACUUGUCCUGUUCUCGACGCCGUCUGGGUUGCCCAAACCUAUACUCCCAAAUAUC